AGUGCACUGCAAUGGCUUGUGCCUGCCUGUUGCUGUUGCUAUUGCUGCCUGGGUUUUAAUUCCCCGGUGGUUGAGCGCUUUUCUUCCCCUCGUCCAUUUAAUUCUGGCGAACUACUCCACCCAACCACAUCCUCUCUCUCUCUCUCUCUCUCUCUCUCUCUCUCUCACGCAGCCACACCAGCCCUAUGACUUCAGUACUUCACCGCUUCGACCACCUCAACGUUUUCUCCAUCCAUUCACCAGCACAAGAUCAAAAUCCCUCCCUCCUCACUUUCCAACCAUAUCAAUUUAUUGCCGCUGCUUCUCCUACCUCUCGCUCUCAUCUUUGUAUUUCUUUAAUUGUUCUGUUGGGGUUUUUUCCUUCUUUUUAAUCUUGCAGAUUGGCAGGUCCAUCACUCUAUAUAUCUUACAAUCACAACCCGCUCCAUUCUCAAAUGCUAGCUGCUUGCUAAUGUUCAUAUACAUAUAUUUAUAGAUAUAAAUAUAUAGUUGGUAGUUAAUGGCGGUGCUGGAACCGGCGCCGAUGGACCGGGAGCGGCUGACGGCGGAGAUCAUGGCGUUCAGGGACGACGAUUCUAUUGUGAUCAAGAUCCGGCGCCGUCUCCCGGACUUCUUGCAGUCGGUCAACCUCAAGUACGUCAAGCUUGGCCUCCGCUACGCCUCCAUACCUACCGCCGCCGUCCUCGUCCCCGUCCUAGCCGCCGCCCUCGCGGCGGCGCUCCGCCUCGACCGCUUGGCACUGACGCCGCCCCGGCCGGUGUCCGUCGACCCCGCCACCGGGAUCGCCUCUGCUGCUCUGGCGCUGCUCCUCCUCGCCGCUUACUACCUCAAGCGGCCGCGCCCUGUUUAUUUGGUCGACUUUGCGUGCUACAAGCCCGACGACGAGCACAAGAUCUCCAAGGAAGGAUUCCUCGACAUGACCGAGUGCACCGGCGUGUUCAAUAGGGAGUCGCUAGAUUUCCAGACCAAGAUUACCCUCCGCUCCGGCCUCGGAGACGAGACGUACCUGCCGCAGGGAAUCCAGGCCCGGCCGCCGCGCCUCUGCAUGGAGGAGGCGCGCCUCGAAGCAGAGGCUGUUAUGUUCGGCUGCCUCGAUGCUCUGUUCUCAGCCACCGGCGUCGACCCGAGCCGCGACGUCCGCAUCCUCAUCGUCAACUGCAGCCUCUUCAACCCCACGCCGUCGCUCUCUGCCAUGAUCGUCAACCGGUACAAGAUGCGGGAGGACGUGAAGAGCUUCAACCUCGGUGGGAUGGGCUGCAGCGCGGGGCUCAUCGCCGUCGACCUCGCCAAGGACCUCCUCCAGGCCCACCCCAACUCUUACGCCGUGGUGCUCAGCACCGAGAACGUCACCCUGAAUUGGUACUUCGGCAACGACCGCUCCAUGCUCCUCUCCAACUGCAUCUUCCGCAUGGGCGGCGCCGCCCUGCUUCUCUCCAACCGCCGCCGCGACGCGCGGCGCGCCAAGUACCGGCUCGUGCACGCGGUGCGCACGCACAAGGGCGCCGACGACGGGUGCUUCGGGUGCGUGUACCAGCGGGAGGACGAGCGCGGCUCGGUGGGGGUGUCGCUGGCGAGGGAGCUCAUGGCGGUGGCCGGCGACGCCUUAAAGACCAACAUCACCACCCUGGGCCCGCUGGUGCUCCCGCUGUCAGAGCAGCUCAAGUUCCUGGCAUCUCUGGCGGGCCGCCGCGUCCUCCGCCUCCGCGGGGUGCGCCCCUACAUCCCCGACUUCCGCCGGGCCUUCGAGCACUUCUGCGUCCACGCCGGCGGGAGGGCGGUGCUGGAGGAGAUCCAGAAGAACCUCGGCCUCGCUCCGUCCGACAUGGAGGCGUCCCGCUCCGCGCUCCACCGGUUCGGCAACACCAGCAGCAGCUCGCUGUGGUACGAGUUGGCGUACGCGGAGGCCAAGGGGCGAGUCCGCCGGGGCCACCGGGUCUGGCAGAUCGGGUUCGGAUCCGGGUUCAAGUGCAACAGCGCCGUCUGGCGGGCGCUGCGCGACGUCCCCACCGCCCGCGGCUGCAACCCCUGGACCGACUGCAUCGACAGCUACCCUGUCAAGGGCCAUUGAACGCCACAAAGGCCACAGACCCCAACUUUCAUUCCUUUGCCCUUUUUUAUAAUUAUGAAUAACUCAAUUGUACCUAUAGUUCUUGGUUAAAACUCUCUCUGUAGUUGAUGCAACACCUCAACUUCUUCCUUUUCUUAAGUAAUAUGUCUAGUUUCCUCCUUGUUUCUUGUUGGUUCGUAAUGGGGGAGGUGCAAUAAUAAACGAGAAGCGUCGUUGACUGGGU